AUGGCCACUCCUUCAGUGAAGGCAAAGGAUGAGGAAGCCAAACCAGCAACCCUCGGAAGCUAUGCGAGGAUUCUAUCGUAUGGUACCACUCAUGGGGGUAUCUAUAUCAUGAUACUAGGACUGAUUUGUGCCAUGGGUUCGGGAGUUGCCCUUCCGUUGAUGAACAUUGUAUUUGGCCAGCUGGUGGGAACAUUCAACGAGUACUUUGUGCCGGGGUCGGGUAUUACAGAGCAAUCAUUCAAGUCCGCUGUCAACAAAGACAGCCUUCGCGCCUCGGGGGCCUUACGACUGGAGUACACCCAGGCCCUCUUUUCACUUCCUGUGAGCAAGCUGGACGAGAUGUCAGUCGGAACAGUCACACAUGCGAUAACGGCGCUAUCAAAUACGAUCCAGCAAAGUGUUUCCGAUCGACUCGCCAUUUUGUUUCAGUCGCUCGCCUUGCUGAUUUCGUCUUAUGCAAUCGCAUUUCGUUAUUCGUGGGCACUGACGCUUGUUGUUAGCGCAGCCAUUUUAUUUGUGAUCCUUGGCUUUAGCCUGACAGUGCCGUUUUUAGUAAAGACGCAGCAAAGUGUGGAUCAAGCGGAUGAGAAGCAUGCAGCCCUCGCCGCAGAAGUAUUUGGCUCUGUUCGGACAGUGUUCGCCCUGGGUGCUGAGCAAUCACUUUUCAAAAAGUAUACACGGUGGGUCGAGGAAUCACGAAAACGUGGCUUAGGUAUGUCCUUGGUCAGUGGGAUCCACCUUGGAAUGCUCUUCUUUGCCAUGUAUGUCAGCUUCUCUCUAGCCUUCUGGUUUGGGUUGAAGCUGUAUCGUGAAGGCCACAUUGCUAAUAUUAACACCGUGAUUACGGUAUUUUUCUCGGUGCUUCUCGUCGUCACUAUCUUGGGAGGUAUUGCGGGCCCAUUGAUGGCUAUCACGAAGGCUAUAGGCGCAUCAGGUGCCUUUUUCGGCGUUAUCGAUUCAAAGCAGGAUAAGGAAGUUGGGAUUCAAGAUCCCGAGCUAUCCCAUGCUGAUAUCGUGUUUGAAAACGUGGUAUUUUCCUAUCCCACACGAAAGGAAAUGACAGUGCUCAAGGGAUUCAACGCACGAUUCGAGCGGAACAAAACCACGGCUUUGGUUGGAUCUUCCGGUUCGGGGAAAAGCACUAUUGUCGCAUUGAUUGAGCGAUGGUAUCAGAUUCAAUCCGAAGAAGAAGAAGAGUCUACGCCGGGCCAAAUCCGUGUAGGACCUCAUAACAUCAAUGACCUGGAUGUGAAAUGGUGGCGAUCUCAGAUUGGACUUGUUCAGCAAGAGCCGUUCUUGUUCAAUGAUUCAAUAUACAAUAACGUUGCUUUCGGUCUGAUCGGAUCGCAGUGGGAGAAUGAAACCGACUCCGUGAAAAUGGAGCUCAUCACGGAAGCUUGCAAGCAAGCCUUUGCAGAUGAAUUUAUCGACCGCCUUCCCAUGGGUUAUUCGACUACUGUCGGGGAAGGUGGAAUCACGUUGAGUGGCGGACAGCGCCAAAGAAUUGCCAUCGCGCGAAGCAUCGUCAACCAACCUCAAAUUCUCAUUCUUGAUGAAGCGACUAGCUCGAUCGAUGUCCAAGGAGAAAAGAUUGUGCAGGCAGCUCUCGAUCGUGUGUCCAAAGAUCGCACUACAAUUAUGAUCGCUCAUCGCUUGUCCACCGUCCGCCGCGCGGACAAGAUCAUCGUCAUGAAAGACGGCAAAGAUAUCGAAGAAGGUUCCCACGAAGAGCUGAUACUCAAAGAAGGGGCAUACCAUAGUUUGGUUCAUGCCCAGCAGCUGGAGCCAUUGACAGAUAUGGUGGGGGCCGACGUGCCGGUCUCCAUUUCUUCGCAGAAAGAGGAAGUCAGGCCUGAAGAUUACUCGAACAAAGAAGGAAUGGAUCAAGGUUUCCAGGAUGGCCCCGAAUCUAUGAAAGAAUUUGGCUUUCUCCACAGCUUUGGGGUGCUCUUCUCUGAAAAUCGUAGCCAUUGGGUCCUAUAUGCACUGACGCUGAUCGGGGCUAUAGGGGCAGGUUCCGGUUUUUCCCUACAAAGUUGGCUUUUCGCCAAACUGGUUCAGGUUUUUCAGUUCACCGGUCAAAAACUUGUGGACGCUGCGAAUUUCUGGGCAUUGAUGUUUUUCGUCCUCGCUCUUGCCAUGGCGACCUUCUAUUUCAUUCUAGGACUUUCUUCAAAUUCAAUCUCGAUGUUCGUCGUGUCCACUUCUCGAAUGGAUUAUUUCCACAGCCUCUUGUCCAAACCGGUGUCUUACUAUGACCGCAAGGAGAAUUCCUCGGGUAGUCUGGUUUCCAGACUCUCCACUGACACAAAACAGUUGCAGGAGAUGUUUGGUCCAACUGGUGUCUUCCCUCUCAUCUCGAUUUUCAACAUCCUGGGGUGUGUUUCAAUCUCCUUCGCCUUUGGAUGGAAGCUGGCGGCUGUCACCUUUUUUGCCGCCAUGCCAUUCAUAUUUCUUUCUGCCUUCAUGCGUAUUCGAUAUGAGAUCAAAUUCGAGUCCCUUAAUGCCGAAGUUUAUGCCGAUAGCUCCAAGUUCGCAACGGAGGCGGUUCGGGCAUUCAGAACAGUCACUGCCCUGACCAUGGAGGAUACGAUCUUGGAAAGAUAUUCAAAGCUGCUGAAAGAUCAACGUCAAAAGGCCACCCGAAAGGCGUGGUACGCAACAUUGAUAUUUGCGUUUUCGGACAGUAUUGAGCUAUGUGCUAUGGCGCUCGCCUUCUGGUACGGCGGCCAGCUUCUCGCGUCCCACGAGUAUGACCCAGUUGUGUUUUUUGUCGUCUAUAUUGCUAUCAUUCAAGGCGGCCAGUCUGCUGGGCAGUUCUUCAGUUUUGGUCCGAACAUUGCCCAGGCUAAAGCUUCUGCAAGUCGCAUAUUAGCUGCACGGCUACCUACCCCGGAACAGAUUCGGCAUGUUCCGAUGGGGCCGCUCUCUUCUUUGGAUGACACACCCAGUUCCUCCAUCGAAGUGAAAAAUGUCUCUUUCAAAUAUCCCUCUCGCGAGGUACCAACUUUUGUCAAUCUGGAUCUCUCCAUUGACAGUGGUCAAUUUGUAGCAUUUGUCGGACCUUCAGGCUGUGGAAAAUCCACGCUUGUCUCGUUACUUGAGCGGUUUUAUGACUGCAGUCAGGGGAGCAUAUCAUUUGGUGGCCGAGACAUCCGUUCCAUUGAGAUUUCAUCUUACAGAAGCGCCUUGUCGCUUGUUUCCCAAGAGCCAAAACUCUUCGAAGGCACCAUCCGUGAAAAUCUCCUUCUCGGUCUGGAAGCCCCCGAAGAUUCGACCACCGAGGACCAAAUGAUUCAAGCAUGCAAGGAUGCCGAGAUAUAUGACUUCAUAGUAUCUUUGCCAGAUGGCUUCCUGACAGAACUUGGCGUCAAUGCCCAGACCUCGAUGAGUGGUGGGCAAAAACAGCGUAUCUGUAUUGCACGAGCACUGAUACGAAAGCCGCGACUUCUCCUUCUUGAUGAGGCUACAUCCAGUUUGGACUCUCAUUCGGAAAGUCUUGUACAAAGUGCCAUGGAGCGAUUAGCCAGCAAGCGAGAGAUGACUAUUGUUGCGGUUGCGCACAGACUAGCAACUAUUCAGAAAGCCGAUGCGAUCUUCGUCUUUGGGGAAGGUGCGCCGGGCCAGGGAUCGAGAAUUCUUGAGUCCGGAACACAUCUCGAAUUGUUACGCAGAAAGGGGGCUUAUUGGGUGAUGUGUCAAGCACAAGCUCUCGACCAGUGA